UUUGGUUUCAUAUUCAGAACUCUCUUUCAUUGUCUGAAAUGGCUCUCUCUCGACAGUCUCUUGUGUUCGUAGCGGCAACUUUACUUCUUAUGCAAGCUCUGCAGGGAGAUGCUGCCACAUUCAUCCAGUCUCGGGCGGCUUACUAUCCAAAUUCUGAUGAACAAGGAACAGAAACUGGAGCAUGUGGAUUUGGUUCAUUUGGAGCAACAAUCAAUGGUGGGGAUGUAUCGGCUGCAUCUGAUCUGUAUCGAGAUGGUGUAGGCUGUGGUGCUUGCUACCAGGUAAGAUGCAAGGACAGUCACUAUUGCUCAGAUAAUGGAGUGACUGUAGUUAUAACUGACCAUGGCUCAAGUGACCGGACCGACUUUAUCCUGAGUAGGAAAGCCUUUGGUCGGAUGGCUCAGACCAAAGAUGCAGCUGCAUCACUGCUAGCCCUUGGUGUGGUUGAUAUUGAAUAUCAACGUGUUCCAUGCAGUUAUCCAAACAAAAAUAUUACUUUCAAGAUUGAUGAGAAUAGCAACUACCCUCAUUACCUGGCUUUUGUUAUAUGGUAUCAACAAGGAAAAAUGGACAUCACUGCUGUGCAGCUCUGUGAGACACAAAAUUUCGUGUGCAAGCUAUUGGAUCGGAGUUAUGGAGCAGUAUGGACGACUACUUCGCCCCCUAGUGGACCCUUGCAGAUAAGGAUGUUAUUCAGCAGUAACGAAGGAGAUGAGACAUGGGUUGUUCCAGUUAACAACAUACCUGAAAACUGGAAAGCUGGAGAUGUAUGUGACUCAGGAGUACAAGUUAACUUAUAAACCAGUUACAAUGGA